GAGAGAGAACACAGACCUCGUGCUGCUGGUUUUAUCAAUCCGGUGUCUGAGGUCACAGGUCAUUGACCAAUCGAAGCUGCCGCUGGGUCUGGAGGCUGACUUCACAAGACUUUAAGACUUUCUGGGGGGUUCCUGGGAAAGUUCAAUGACUCGCAUGAUAAAAGUUAAGAUCACAUAUGAACAACCUGACCUCUGUGAGGUCCCGGUGAUCCCAACAGCUGACUCAGGGGUCUCAGCUCCCGCCAAAGAGACUGAAGGGCCAGUUUCUGUACAGCGAGGAGGGGAAAUAGAGAUGUGAAAACACGAGAGCCGAUACACGUGUUACUCAGGCUGGAAUAAAGAUUUUACCUACAGCCUGACUCGCUGACACCAUCGUCCAUCUGCACUGUGAAGGACUAAAACAGAGAGCUGAAACACUUCAGUCCAAAGGUAACUGCUUCAUUGUGGUGUCAGAGUGUCUCUCCUGCACCAGCUCAAACCUCAGGCUGCUGUGUCUCUUCAGUGGGUGUCUGUUUCUGCAGGCUUUUGUUUGUGGUCAAAUACAAACGGAACUCUAAAGCUGAAACCUGAAAACCGUUUCUCACUUACUCGUGAACGCUUCUCUUCAGCGUGGAUUCGUGCCGCCAACUCUCGCUGUGUUUCAGCUGCUUCAGUCUUUCAAGGUGUUCGAUGUGGAUCAUGAAGACUGAGAGCAGGUUGGACUUGAUGCUGCUGCUCGUUCUCCUCACAGUCGGUGAAAGUGACGGCAGCUCAGUUGUUGGUCAAACAGGUCAGAGCGUCACUCUGUCCUGUAAAUAUGACAUCACCUAUUAUGGAGCGCUGGAAGUCUGCUGGGGUCGAGGUGAAAUACCAACCUUAGGCUGCAGCGACCAGCUCGUCUCCACAGACGGACAUAAAGUGAUAACCAGAGCUUCCAGCAGGUAUCAGUUGGGACGACUGGAGGCAGGUGAUGUUUCUCUGACCAUACUGAACCUCACAGAGACGGAUGCUGGAUGGUACGGGUGCAGGGUGGAGAUACCUGGAUGGUUCAAUGAUGAGAAACAUCACCUGGAUCUGAUCACUGAGAGAGGUGAGACACUCUUUAAAGGACAUAAAGGAUUUUAA